AUGAUUAGCGCUGUUCUUAUUCUCAACUCUAGAGGACACACUCUGAUCUCACGUGCCUACAGAGACGAUGUUGAAACCGCUUUCAGAUCACAAAUUUUGGCUGCCAAGAUUGCCGAUAGAUGUCCAGUUAAGACAAUUGGAAGUGUUACUUUUAUGUUCAUUCGUCAUGAAGAAAUGUACUUGCUCGCCGUAACAAAACAAAACGCUAGUGCUGCUCUUGUUUUUGAAUUUUUGUAUAAAUUGAUCUUUAUUUUCCAAUCUUACUUUGAUGGAAAAUUCACAGAAGAUGCUUUGAAGGAAAACUUUUCACUUGUUUAUGAAUUGUUGGAUGAAAUCCUUGACUUUGGUUAUCCACAAAAUUGUGAACCUCAAGUAUUGAAGAAUAUUAUUGUACAAGGUGGUAUGAAGGAUAUCAAGCCACACGAACUUGAACAAAGAUUGAAGGAAGUUACAGGAGCAGUUUCUUGGAGAAAGGCCGGAAUUGUAUAUCGUAAGAAUGAAGUAUUUUUGGAUGUUAUUGAAGAUGUGAAUAUGUUAUUGAGUAACAAGGGUACAGUUUUGAGCAGUGACGUCACUGGUCGUAUUGUUAUGAAGUGUUUGUUGAGUGGUAUGCCAGAAUGUAAAUUUGGUUUGAAUGACAAGCUUAUGUUACAACAAGAAAAGAGAACAGCCAACAAGAAGAGAUAUAAGGAAAUUGAUAUUGAUGACAUUACUUUCCAUCAAUGUGUCAAAUUGGGUAAAUUUGAUAGUGAUCGUACAAUCAGCUUUGUUCCACCUGAUGGUGAAUUUGAAUUGAUGAGAUAUCGUAUUACUGAUGGUAUUGUUCCACCAUUCCGUUUACUUUCUCCUAUUGUUCGUGAAUUGAGUAAGACAAAGUUGGAAGUUAAGGUUACUAUCAAGUCUGUUUUCCAUGCUCGUUUGUUUGGUAAGAAUGUUGUUGUCAAGAUUCCAUGUCCAUCCAAUACUGCUAAAUGUAAGAUUCACGUUGCUCAAGGUAAAGCUAAGUAUAAGGCUGAAAAGGGUGCUAUCGUCUGGACUGUUAAACGUUUCCCUGGUGAUACUGAAUUAACUUUGAGUGCCGAAGUUGAUUUGAUUUCUCAAACUGCUGAAAACAAGAAGUGGUCUAGACCACCUAUUGGACUCACCUUCCAAGUGCCUAUGUUCACUGCUUCAGGUUUGCACGUCAGAUUCUUGAAAGUUUUCGAAAAAUCUAACUAUCAAGCUGUCAAAUGGGUUAGAUAUAUCACACAAGCUGGUGUUUAUGAAUCCAGAAUUUAA